AUGAAUCUAAAACCAGGUAUCUUAAAAUUUGACAGAAAGUCUUGGAUUAAGGCCGAAAAGUUGAGGCUCAUAGGAACAUCGGAUGUGCUCCCAGAUACCAUUACUGCCGUUGCAGCGGACCGAAGUGGGAUUUACGCUGCUGCCGGCACUUCAAUAGCUGUAUUGAAGACUUGCCGUCACAUCAGCAGAUAUAUCAGCGUAGGCGCAAAGACUAAAUUUUUAGAGAUAUUGGGGGACAAUUUGGUGAGUAUCUUGGCACUAUUUCAGCAUACAAAAAUUUACGUCAUUACAUCGAUGCUCUCAUCUUUAGUAGAGAUGCAGGUUAUAAUUGAUGAAGAAAAUGGAAUAAGGGUCAUUGAUAUUCCUGAUGGUCAACAAAUUCUACACAUGCAAGGUUCGAAGGAGUUCCACAUAACAUCUGUUGUGCACCCAAGCACAUACUUAUACAAGAUUCUCAUUGGUUCUUCCAUAGGGACGUUACGUCUAGUUAACUUUCGAACUGGUCGUGUCAUUCACGAGUUUUCAAAAGGAUUUGACUCAAAAAUCACUGUGCUUGAACAGUCUCCUGCCGUUGAUGUUGUGGCUAUUGGACUAGCUGAUGGUCAAAUAUUUUUGCAUAACGUUCGCGUUGAUGAGACUAUAUGCAAAUUCCGCCAUGAAAAGGCGAUCUCAGCUGUAGGGUUCAGCAAUGGCGGCAAAUCUUUUAUGACAACCGCUGACAUCGGUGGUGAUAUAGUUAUGUGGGAUCUAGAGAAACGCCAUAUAAUGGGCAAAAUCGCAAAUGGCCAUCAUGCAGCAGUAACGAAAUUGUACUUUAUGCCUGGCGAACCAGUUAUGGUUUCUGCAUCUGCCGAUAACUCUCUCCGUACUUGGGUACUUGACGGUGCGGAUGGAAUGCCUCGUCUACUCGUAAUUCUAGAGGGACAUGCAGAAGGUGUGACCGCUGUGCAAUUCAACGGAAAACAAGAAAUACUUUCCUCCGGUCAUGACGGAUCCGUGCGCAAAUACAUGGUCAAUGUUGAAACAAUGAGGCAAAAACUAGGAAGCGCUGGAACAAUCUCUAGGUGCAUUUGUCGUGGUGAUUUUUUUGAAACCAUAAAUUUACGUAUUGAUUCAAGGUCACAAGCAAAGAAGAGGCAUAUUCCAAUAGAAACCAUCAAGAUGGACCCAGUUAUCGAUAUGGCGAUUGGCUGGAGUAGAGAAGCCGCUUGGGACAAUGUUUUGUGCAGACAUAAGGAUACACUCCUCGUCACCACUUGGACUACCAGAAAAAAUUCUUUGGGAACGCAUAAAUUGGUACAUGAGCGGUUUAUUAAAGAUGCUACGUUAGCUAAAGCCAUAGCCACUGCAAUCUCACUUUCACCUUGUGGAAACUUCGCUUUCAUCGGUUAUUCUACAGGUACAGAGUUACUUAAACCUUAUACGCUUCCAGCUUAUUUUCUCCCGAUAGUGCAGCAUGAGAAUGUAACGCAAAGCUGUUUUUUGCAUCUUUGCCCUUCACCUAUAAUUAAUUUGAUUAUCUGAUU